ACUCCAUUUUUAUUUCUAAUUUCGUGCGCGGCGCUUGCAGUUAAAGAAUACAAUUUUUCAGUGAUAAAAAAAUAGAAUUGCCGCUAAUUAAUAUAAAAAUUAUAUUAAAAUACUCUUUAAAUAGUUUGAAACGGAAAAAACAUAAUAACACUUAACAAAAUGGUGGAUAAAAUUGAAAUGAGUUUGGAUGAUAUCAUUAAGUCUAACCGUAGCCAAAAUAGAAAACCUCAAGGAGGAAAUCGUGGUGGCGGCAAUAGACGUGGUGGUGGUGCAGCUGGCAGUAAAGGACCACAACGUCAAGGAGGUCGUAGAGUUCAAACAUCACCACGUAAACCCGGCGGCGGUGGCGUCUUAAAAGGCCGUGGUGCUGGAGGCAUACAAAAAGCCAAAUUUUCAAGGGGUGAUGUGAACAGCGCUUGGAAACAUGACAUGUAUGAUGGACCUAAACGGGGUAUAUUGAAAACAACGGAUUCAGCCAAACUAUUAGUGUCAAAUUUGGAUUAUGGCGUAUCGGACUCGGAUAUACGGGAACUAUUCACAGAAUUUGGACCGCUGAAGAAGGCGGCCGUACAUUAUGAUCGUUCAGGAAGAUCCUUAGGUACUGCCGAUGUUGUGUUUGAAAGAAGAUCAGAUGCUUUAAAGGCCAUUAAACAAUACAAUGGUGUACCUUUGGAUGGCAGACCCAUGAAUAUACAAUUCUUGACUGAUGCCGCUAGUAUAACUAGACCUGUGCGUACAGCCGGCCCCAGUCCGCAAAAACGUAGACCACAAGUGGGUGGUGGCGCAGCUGCUGGUAACCGAAGAGGUGGAGCUGGCGGCAAUCGUCGUGGUGGCCCUGCAAAUCGCAAUAGACCCGCUGGUGCUGCCGCUGGUGGUGGUGGACGUAACAAUAAGAAAACAGCUCCUACUGCCGAAGAACUUGAUGCCGAGUUAGAUGCUUAUGUCAACGAUAUGAAAAUUUAGAUAAAUAGUUUUUAAUUCUAACGAUAUAAUAAAUUAUCAAUACAAAUUUCUAAUUGUAAGUCUUCGUCUCGUUUAUACAACAAAAACACAACAAGAAAUUCAAGCUGCAGCCGGCCCUCAAAAGGUGGUAGUUAACACACACACAUUAACGCGUUUUAAAAUUUCUAAUGUAAAGUACAAUCAAACUCUUUUUUUCUAUAAAAUAUAGAAAAAUUCAUUUUAUGCGUGUGGCCCACCUAUUUAAUUUAUAUAUUAUUUUGUAGUAGUUACAAACAAUUUUUCUUUAAAUUAAUUUUUUUUCAUCAAUUAUUAUUUUUUUUAUUAAUUUUUAAGUUUACACUAAUCUUGACUUGAAAACAAUUACCACCCUCUCUCAUUGUCUGACUAAUUACAUUGAAUUAAAUGAAUAAAACAAAAAAAAAACCUGAAAA